UCUCAGGGCGGUGGCGGGCUUCGCAGCCUUGGCAGGACCAAUGCGGGAACCCCCAGGGGCUGUGGCGUGCGCCCAGGCCGUUGGCAGUGCWCUCUUCCUGCUGCUCUUCGCGCUGGGGAUCCGUCAACUGCUGAAGCAGAGGCGGCCAGCGGGUUUCCCCCCGGGGCCAUGGGGGCUGCCGUUUAUCGGCAACAUCUGCUCCCUGGCCGCCUCCGCUGAACUUCCUCACGUCUACAUGAGAAAGCAGAGCCAGGUGUACGGCGAGAUUUUCAGUUUAGAUCUUGGAGGCAUAUCAGCAGUGGUUCUAAAUGGCUAUGAUGUAGUAAAGGAAUGCCUUGUUCAUCAGAGUGAAAUUUUUGCAGACAGACCAUGUCUUCCUUUAUUCAUGAAGAUGACAAAAAUGGGAGGCUUACUCAAUGCCAGAUAUGGCCGAGGAUGGGUUGAUCACAGAAGAUUAGCUGUUAACAGCUUUCGCUAUUUUGGAUAUGGCCAAAAGUCUUUUGAAUCUAAAAUCUUAGAAGAAGCCAAAUUUUUCAUUGAUGUUAUUGAGACAUACAAAGGUCGACCUUUUGACUUUAAGCAGUUAAUAACAAAUGCUGUUUCGAACAUAACUAAUCUGAUCAUUUUUGGAGAACGAUUCACUUAUGAAGACACUGAUUUUCAGCACAUGAUUGAGUUAUUCAGUGAAAAUGUGGAGCUAGCUGCCAGUGCCUCAGUUUUCCUAUAUAAUGCCUUUCCAUGGAUUGGCAUCUUACCCUUUGGAAAACAUCAACAGCUAUUUAGAAAUGCAGCUGUGGUCUAUGAUUUUCUCUCCAGACUUAUUGAAAAAGCUUCCAUCAACAGAAAGCCUCAGUCACCUCAGCAUUUUGUUGAUUCUUAUUUAGAUGAGAUGGAUCAAGGUAAAAAUGACCCAUUAUCUACUUUCUCCAAAGAAAACCUAAUUUUCUCAGUGGGUGAACUCAUCAUUGCUGGAACUGAAACAACAACCAAUGUAUUACGCUGGGCAGUUCUUCUUAUGGCCCUUUAUCCCAACAUUCAAGGACAAGUUUGGAAAGAGAUUGAUUUAAUUAUGGGCCCUGACAGAAAACCUUCUUGGGAUGACAAGUGCAAAAUGCCUUAUACUGAAGCGGUUUUGCAUGAAGUUUUAAGACUCUGUAAUAUAGUUCCAUUAGGGAUUUUCCACGCAACCUCUGAAGAUGCAGUUGUACGUGGUUAUUCCAUUCCUAAAGGCACAACAGUAAUUACAAAUCUUUAUUCUGUACACUUUGAUGAAAAAUAUUGGAAAGAGCCAGAAGUGUUCAAUCCCGAGCGAUUUCUGGACAGCAGUGGAUAUUUUAUCAAAAAGGAAGCUUUGAUUCCUUUCUCCUUAGGGAGAAGACAUUGUCUUGGAGAACAUCUGGCUCGGAUGGAAAUGUUCUUGUUUUUUACAGCGCUGCUCCAGCGGUUUCAUUUGCAUUUUCCAUAUGAAGUGGUUCCAGAUCUGAAGCCUAGGUUAGGCAUGACAUUGCAGCCUCAGCCCUACCUUAUCUGUGCCAAAAGACGCUGAAAGUUAUAGAUGUUUUGGGGAAUAAGGAUGUAUGUUUCCUUACCCCUGAACCUUAUUUAAUCUAAUCAGCGUGGUGUUUGGAUAAGUCACAGUAUCAUAAAG